AUGAAGAAAACACAAACCAACACCUCUGACCUGCUGCUGUUCAUCAACAUGGACCUCUGGUUUUUCCUCGUUUUCACUAUGGCUGUUCCAUUGGCCUCUCGAACCGAAGGGCUGUCCACAACAACAUCAAAUAGCACCAGCAUAACCAGCAUAACCAGCAGCCCCCCUGAGUUGCCGAUCCCUGUUACCACUGCUACUGUUCUUGUUACUACUUCUGCUCCUAUAACUGUAACUGAUCUGACCAGUGCCAGCCCUUAUAUCAGUCCUGAUAAUACUGUUUCUGAGUCCGUACCAGAAACCACAGUCCUCACCACUGAAUCAGAAAGUACUUCAAACACCAUCACACCAGAAAGUUCAAGAACUACCAACAAUCCCAACACUUCUCCUUACGCUGAGCCCACACUCGAGGAGUCCACCGUGCCCCCUGAUACUCCUCCUUCUCCUGGUACCACACCUCUUCUUCCUACUUCUCCUUACGCUGAGACCACUGAACCAAUCGAGGAGUCCACUGUGCCCCCUGAUACUCCUCCUCCUCCUGGUACCACACCUCUUCUUCCUACUUCUCCUUACGCUGAGACCACUGAACUAAUCGAGGAGUCCACUGUGCCCCCUGAUACUCCUCCUCCUCCUCCUCCUGGUACCACACCUCUUCUUACUACUUCUCCUUACGCUGAGACCACUGAACCAAUCGAGGAGUCCACCUUGCCCCCUGAUACUCCUCCUCCUCCUCCUGGUACCACACCUCUUCUUACUACUUCUCCUUACGCUGAGACCACUGAACCAAUCGAGGAGUCCACUGUGCCCCCUGAUACUCCUCCUCCUCCUACACCUCUUCUUACUACUUCUCCUCCAACUACUACUACUUCUACUCCUCCUUUUAGUACCACUCCUUAUGCUACUACUACUGCUACUACUCGUUCUCCUACUACUACACUUUUUACUACUAUUACUUCUACUACUACUCCCCCCACUACCACUCCUCUGGUUUGUGUUAAUGGUGGGAUAUUACUGAACGGUGUCUGCAUCUGUCCUGAUGAAUGGACCGGAGAGACGUGCUCAGUAGAAAAUUUUUGCAAAGCCGAAGUGCUAAAUGAAUUCAGAUUCCCACCUACACCGGUUGGCUGGUUUGCAUAUUCUGAGGAAGUCUGUCCGCAAGGAACGAGUAAUGCUGGUAAACCACAGGCCGUGACCAGAUGCUCCAACACGACUGGAUCUCUGGGUUUCAACCGUCCACCACAGGUCGUCAAGUGUGACCAGACGUUCAGCGACAUUCAACAAAAUAUACGUGUAUGGAUAACGUCCUUCCUCUGUCAGCUUACCAGUGUAGCUGAUUUAGAUACGCUGGCGACCAGCACUCAAAUUCUGACAUCCAGACCUGAAGAGCUGACGGCCGAAAACGUCACAGCAGCAGCUCAGAUCGUCAACACACUGCUGCUGUCUCCUAAUGCCACAGAGAGCGUCAGAGUGGCAGCAGUCGCCACAGUCAGCCAACUGCUCAAUGCCAGCGCUCCAGACAACACUGAGGAAAACAGCGCAACUCUGGGCCUGACCGUGACUCUGGACCAGCUCUCUGUGAACCUCAGCACCAGCCUCAACACGUCUCAGUCUCAGGUGGUUCAGCCAAACCUGGUGGUUCAGUCGGUCCUCAUCCCUGCUGCUGACACUCAGGGAGUCCAGUUCACCUCUCUCACAGGAACGUCGGGCAGUUUUGUGGCCGACCGGAUUCAGCUGAACACCAACACCUCAAACGCUGUGGUGGAAGGCGGGAUCGUCGUCGACACCCUGAUAUACGUCCAGUUCCCACCAGAAGCUGCUGGCAGACGUCAGAAGCCAUCAAAUGUCUCUCUGGGUUUCGUCCUCUACCAGAACGACCGCUUUUUCAGGUCCAGACUCUACAGGGGGCGUCACGCCACCAUCAGGGUCCUGUCAGCCAGUGUCAAAGGUCAGGAUCGCAGCGUGGUGCCACAACACGUGGAGAUGCUGUUCAGACCAACGCUGAUGGACCGAACGUCUCUGCACGACUUCGCCUGUGUUUUCUGGAACUACAGUGUGGAGGACUGGAGCACCGCCGGCUGCUCCAAGGGAAACGCUUCAGACGGAGUCAUGAGAUGUUUCUGUAACCACACCACCAACUUCGCUGCUCUCUGGUCAUACAGAGCAACAUACGAGUACGCACACGCCCUGGACCUGAUUUCCAUCGUCGGACUUUCGCUUUCGAUUGUGGGUUUCGCUGUAACGAUCAUUCAUCACAUUAUAGACCGAGAGUCUCUUCAGAACAACAGGAACAUGAAGAUGGCUCUGCUGUGUAUCUGCGUCAGCCUGCUGGCCUUCGUCAUCACCUUCCUCUCUGGAGUUGAAAACUCCAGCAGAGAGGACGACGCCGGGCCGAAGAUCACAACUCAAACCAACAACAUCCCCGACUCUGACCAACACGUGGAACAGGACGGCGGCUCCUGUACGGCGGUGGCGGCCCUGCUUCACUUCUUCCUGUUGGCCACCUUCAUGUGGAACAGUGUGUACAGCACUCAGCUGGUGCUGCUGGAGUCCCCCUCUGGAGACGGACAGCACAAGAGUCUCCCUAAGCACUGGACCCUGUUCAGUAUCGCUGCGGGAUGGGGUGUCCCUGCCAUUGUCAUGGCGAUCACACUGGGAGCAACCUACAGGGUGGACAAUCCUCUGGGAUACAGGCAGGAGGAAUUUUGCUGGCUUGCAGCUCUGGAUAAGGACAAAGACUUUAAGUUUGACAAACCGAUGUUCUGGGGUUUCCUCCUUCCAGUCGGUCUGACUCUGAUCUACAAUAUGGUACUGUUGGUUCUCACCAUGCGAGCCAGGUCCAAAAGCUCGUCUCUAAGGAAGAAGUUCCUCAAAAGCUUUUCUCUGGCUGUGUUACUGGGCCUGUCCUGGUCUCUGGGAUACCUGGUCCUCAUCACUUCUGGACACGCACACCAGAUCUUCAGCAUCUUCUUCUGCCUGUGUACAACCACACAGGGAUUUCAGAUCUUCAUCCUCUUCACAGCCAGAACACCGGCCUUCAAAGCCACUGUCUCCCGCUCUGUGCAGUACGUCUCCUCAGUCAACAUCCCGCUCCAGACCAUGAAGUACAGGGUGCAGAAAAACUGGGGCCGGAAAACCAGUCCCCAGCACUAUAAAGACCUGAUGGACGAGCACGCGUCUUUAGAUUAGUGAAAGGUAGUUCAGUGUCUGACAGAGUGAGACCUGAUCAAAACAACAGCUGUUCAAACUGCUCUGAUC